GAGGAAGUCCACGGAAAAGGACUCGUUUAGUCACUGGGUGGGGGUGGAGAGAGGACACAAACACCUGUGAGGACGGGAACAUCUCUUCAGCCUGAAGCAGACAUGGCCGCCGUCUGUGUCCAGCCCAGGGACUGCUCUCUGGAGAAGAAUCUAACCUGCUCCAUCUGCUUGGAAAUAUUCAAAGAUCCAGUCACGACGCCUUGUGGUCACUCUUUCUGCAGUAGAUGUCUAGAGCUCAGCAUCUCCCCAUAUCGGGUGAACGACAUGUGUCCUCUUUGCAAAAAGCACCUCAGCAGAGCUCCUGACGUCAACAUUGUGCUGAGAGACAUUUCCCAGGAGAUGAAAAACUCAAUAAGCAACAGGAGUUCGGGCGCAGCCGGGGAAGUAGUCUGUGACGUCUGCACGGAGCCGAAGCAGAAGGCUAAGAAGUCCUGCCUCGUGUGCCUCUCCUCGUAUUGUUCCGAUCACUUGGAAAACCAUUCGGCUCAAAGGCUGAAGGGCCACAAGCUGGUGGAGCCGGUGGAGAACCUGGACGCAAGGGCCUGCCUGGUCCACGGACGCCCGCUUGAGCUGUACAGCAAGAAGCAGCAGAUGUGCAUCUGUGUUCGGUGCAUAGAGGGAGGUCAGGAGGAAGUGGUCUCGACCGAACAGGAAUGGCUCAUGAGGAAGAAUGAACUUGAGGACACCAAGACAGAGCUAGAAAAGAAGAUUUCAAUGAGAAAGGCAAAGAUGGAUGAGAUUAACAAAGCGUUAAAGGAUUGCAAGGACCUGAUUGACAAUGAGUGGUGGGAAAUCGAGUCUGUUUUCACAGCUAUGGUUGCCAUUGUGGAGGCAGCACAGAAGAAAGUCCUUAAGCCACUAGAAAACAAGAGGCAGAUAAUGGCUAAAGAAGCCGAAGGUCUUGAGGGUGAGCUGAAAGCAGAAAUUGGCAAAAUCGAGAAAACAAUCUCAGAACUAGACGACAUCUCGGCACUUGAAGAUCACAUCCUUUUCUUACAGAAGUACCCGACUCUUGCUGUCCAGGAGGACAUGAAAGACUGGACAGACGUUGAACUUGAAACCUCUCUGUGUUUUGGCUCCAUGAGAGAAACCACGACAACAAUGGUCAAACAGAUUAAGCAGGAGCUGAAGAAGCUGGAUGUCAUUGAACUCAAACGAUUCCCAAAGUUUUCAGUGGACAUAAAGCUGGACCCAGACACUGCACACCAACGUCUUGUAGUUUCACCUGAUGGGAAGGCAGUACAAGAUGGAGGAGAAAACCAGGAAGUGGCUGAUACUCCUCAGAGGUUUGAUGUGUUUGGCAGCGUCCUUGGACUCAACUCUUUGACGACUGGGAAGUCGUACUGGGAGGUGGAGGUCAACAACAAGACUGGAUGGGACCUAGGAGUAGCCAGAGGCAGCGCCGACCGUAGGGGAAAGCUCUCACUGAACCCAGAUAAUGGUUACUGGGUUCUGGUCCAUUAUGAGGAGGAGAAUUACGCAGCCAUGACAACACCUCCCAUCAGCCUUUCCCUUAAAGAGAAACCCAGGAAGGUUGGAGUGUUUGUGGACUACGAGGACGGUCUCGUCUCCUUUUAUGAUGUGACGAACCUGUCUCACAUCUACUCGUUCACCGAGUGUCCGUUCAAAGACGAGCUUUACCCUUACUUCAGCCCGCACACCAAACAGGAUAAGAUGAACUCUGAGGCCUUGGUGAUCUCUACCGGCAAGAAUUUUGAAAUGGAGAAAGAAUUCAAGCGUUUGUCCUCCAUUGAAAAUGUGUGAUUAGUUUUAUUUAGCGAUAUGUUGUAAAAAAAA